AUGGAAAAAUUCACUCCUCUGGAAGCUCUGCUCUUUACUGCUGUGCUGGAGAACUGUGUUGAUCAGCUCUCAAUUCUUGGAUACAUCAUGCCAGUUUCAGAUGAGAGCAAGACAGACAUCAACAACAAAAUCAUAGAGACCCAGGAGGAGCUGGACACUGACUACCAAGAGUGUAUGUCAGCAAGGCAAGGGAAUGGGGAAACAGUUACCUCCAUGUCUCAGAAAAGCAUUGGACACAAGCAGCAUCUGGAGAAAACUGAAGAUCUGAGAAGUACCCAUCCUCUUCCCAACAGGGCCACAAAACACAGGGAUCCAUCUACAAAGAUUCUCAGGAAAAUUCAGGCUGACAGGCAGUAUGCAACUGAUGUCAUCACAGUCACCAUGAAAAAGAUGCAGGAAUCAGGAACAUUUAAUAGUCUAACAAAAGCCAAUGAGAGAGAGAAGGCAAAAAAGAGCAAGUUUCACGACCUUCUCAUCAGGGCAGAGGAAGGAAAGAGGGAGAUCAAGUCACUCGAGAAACAGCUGCAGGAUGUCAAGAAAGAAACUGAAAUAGAACUUCAGGACCGAGAUGAUAUGAUUGCCAACCUCAAAGAUGAGCUUCAAGAGAUGAAGGCCAAAAUGGACAGGGAGAGCAGCUACACGAAGAAAAGCACGGAUGUCCGGGUCCACCAGACCCAGAAGAAGUGCAGCAAUACAGAAAAUAUCCUGGACAAGGAAAUUCAGAAGUUGAAGACCAAAACUGAUGAGGAGAUUCGAGUCCACAUGGAGAUUGAAAACUUCCUCAGGCGACAGCACGAGAAGCUGGAAGAGAAGCUGAAAUACUGGAUGGACAAGUAUGAAAAAGACACAGGUGCUAAAGAUGAAGAGUUGGAUGCUUUAAAAGCAUCAAAGGCAAACAACUUGGAAAUCCUGCAGAGACUUGCUGAGGAGUGCCAGAUGUAUGAGGAAACCAUCAUCAGUGACCGGGCAGAAAAGGAGGCUAGAAGAAAACAAGCAGAGCGGGAUGCCCUGGAGCUGAAGAGCACCUUGAAGCUGCAGGCCUGGUGGAGGGGUACAAUGGUUCGCCGGUACCUUGGCCACUACCAGGCCCUCAGGCUGUUUCUGGAGAAGCGACGACAAGGAGCAGCAGAAAACGAGAAAGGGCAACAAGGGAAAUCUGGAGCAAAGAAAAAGCCACGAUAA